AUAUCAAAGAAACUUCGAAUUGUAUGCAUUUCUGACACACACAAUGCAGCUCCAGGGCAAGGCUUCGUCUUGCCAAAGGGAGAUAUUCUGAUACACGCCGGAGAUCUCACGAACCAAGGCAGUCUCUCCGAACUGCAAAAGGCCGUAUCCUGGAUCUCGAAGGCAGACUUUGCGGUGAAGAUUGUCAUUGCUGGUAACCAUGACUUAUCCUUAGAUCCGAACUACGCCCUGAAGCACAGCACUGGAUGGGCUGUUGUUCCUGCAGACUCUGACGUCGAAGCAUGUCGGAAACUCGUGGCUGACGGUGAUUUCGUGUACCUACAACAUUCUGCUGCGGUGGUAUGUUUACCAGAACACAACGUCUCCUUACGUGUCUUUGGUUCACCGUAUUCGCCGGACCGAGGAAAGCAGAAUUGGGCGUUCCAGUACAGCGACGCAGAUGCUUAUACAAUGUGGAACGAUAUACCACCCGAUAUAGAUCUGCUGAUUACACACACGCCUGCGUUCGGGUGUUGCGAUACUAGUGCUCACUGGACAGAAGGCGGCUGUGAGGGAUUGAAGCGGGCACUAGUCAGCAGCAGACCUCAACUCCACGUGUGCGGCCAUUGUCAUGAAGGAAGAGGCGCUUGCGUGGUAAGAUGGGAAGACGCAGAGGGUGAAUGUGCGAAAACAGCAUGGGAGGACCCAGGUGCUGGCAAUAAGAAGAUGUCGCUACUGGAUUUGACAGGUAAAGCCGGUGCUGCUCUGGAA